CAGUCUGUUCACCGACCGGAUUACACCGUGUUCUAUCGCAGCGACCAACCCAAUCAAUCUGCCUGUCAAGAUCCACUGCCCGUGGUUGGUUUUUUGAACUACACAAACGUUAGUGGUCCUCGUUGGCACAAGUUUCAACCUCGUCCGCAUCGUGGUAGAGGUGAUAAUUCCGCGGUUUUGCGAAUUUCCAAGAAAAAGCUCGCCCGGGUCACUCCAAAUGAAUGGAAAGAGGACCCCUACUUUGUGUGUGUUCUACUGUCUCUUGCUCAACUCCAGGAGCGCCUUAUAAAGCAAUCAACGCCAACCAGCCAUUUGACUCGUCUUAUCGUUGCAAGCCCUAUAGAUCGAGAAUUCAUCCAUAUUUACGAGGCCCAAAUCACCUCCAGUUUCCUUGGAAUGCUUGACAACCCGAUGAAGGCCACAAUCCAAACAAAGUUUCCUACCAUUCGGAGGAGGGAAAUCCCGUUCAGACCCUUUGAGACCUUCCAGAACCGAAUUUGGACUGCAUUAUUGGACAACCAACUUCCGGCGCAUGCCUCGGAUAAACUAGAUGGAACUGGUUCUAAAAUUGUCAACGAACACGCUAAGCGACCACACGAGCAAGAAAAUGAUGAUACACGCAAACGAGGCCGAACGUCAUGA